AGAGCCUUAGUCAACAUGGGAGGAGCUGGCGUGCUUUAUUCUCAGUUAUUGGAUCAAUGGGAGGAGGUUCGCUGCGAAGGGAAGUUUUACACCGGUCAAAGUUUUGAGCCGCUUCAGACGCUUCACACGGGUCGAUCGUUGCCGUCUGUCGUCUCGGUAACCGAGGAAGCUCCCUUUCUUCACUUCUGGAAUCUUUCUGCAUUCCCGGCGGCCCAAAGCGAACAUCUGCACCAGAAGAUGACCGAAAACGGAGCGUUACCCCUUCGGGGGAAAGUGCUCACCGUUGACACCAUGAACGCCAACGUCAAAAAGGUGGACUACGCGGUUCGCGGACCAAUCGUUCAGCGCGCGGUUCAGAUCGAGAAGGAGCUGAAAGAGGGGGUAAAGAAGCCUUUUGAAGAGGUCAUUAAAGCAAACAUCGGAGAUGCUCAUGCUAUGGGCCAACGACCAAUCACCUUUUUUCGACAGGUGAUGGCAUUGUGCACUUAUCCACCACUACUUGAUGACAACAAGUUUCCAGAAGAUGCCAAAAAUCGAGCGAGGCGUAUUUUGCAAUCAUGUGGAGGAAACAGCAUCGGUGCAUACACAACCAGUCAGGGCAUUGACUGUGUGAGGCACGAUGUUGCCAGCUACAUACAGCGCCGUGACGGCGGUAUUCCUUCUGAUCCUGAUAACAUCUACCUCACGACGGGAGCCAGUGACGGCAUUGUGACCAUACUAAAGCUGUUGACUGCUGGGGAGGGUCGUACACGGACGGGGGUCAUGAUUUCUAUUCCUCAGUACCCUCUUUACUCUGCAUCUAUAGCAGAGCUGGGUGCUGUUCAGAUCAAUUACUACUUGAAUGAGGAGAAGUGCUGGAGUCUGGACAUUAGUGAGCUACAGCGCUCUCUACAGACAGCCAGGGAGCAUUGCAACCCCCGUGUGCUGUGCAUCAUCAACCCCGGCAACCCCACUGGUCAGGUACAAAGCAGACAAUGUAUCGAAGAUGUAAUCCGAUUUGCAGCUAAAGAAAACCUCUUCCUAAUGGCUGAUGAGGUAUAUCAGGAUAAUGUGUAUGCAGAGGGCUGUGAGUUUCACUCCUUCAAGAAAGUGCUUUUUGAGAUGGGUCCAAAAUAUUCAAGCAAAGUAGAGCUGGCAUCAUUUCACUCCACCUCCAAGUGCUACAUGGGAGAAUGUGGUUUUCGAGGGGGAUACAUGGAGGUCAUCAACAUGGACCCAGAGGUGAAGGCUCAGCUCACCAAGCUGGUCUCGGUGCGUCUGUGCCCGCCUGCUCCUGGACAAGCCCUCAUGGAUCUGGUGGUCAACUCCCCUCAACCUGGAGAACCCUCCUACCAAACCUUUGUGAAGGAAAGAACGGCCGUUCUGAGUGCCUUGGCUGAAAAAGCCAAACUGACCGAGGAGAUUCUGAAUACAGUGCCAGGCAUCAGCUGUAACCCUGUGCAGGGAGCCAUGUACUCUUUCCCCCGUAUCACCCUACCCGAGCGCGCCAUCAACGAAGCAAAGGCGAAGGGUCAGGCUCCAGACAUGUUCUACUGCAUGAGACUUCUGGAAGAAACCGGCAUCUGUCUCGUUCCUGGCAGUGGUUUUGGUCAACGAGAAGGCACUUAUCACUUCAGGAUGACCAUCCUUCCUCCGACAGACAAGCUUAAGAUCAUGCUCAACAAACUGAAGGAAUUCCACCAGAAGUUCACCCAGCAGUAUUCUUGACUCAGUUCAACUCAACCAAUCGCGGCCCUUCUGCCACAACUGACU